AGCUGAUAACCAUAAAAAUCAAGUAGUUUGCCACAAAUGAAGUAUGGCUGUUUGGUUUUAGUGUUCUUCCUGGCGUUUAGUUUUAGACGUUUCUUUUCGGAAGACACUCUUCCGGCGGGUAUGGCGUACAACUAUUACUCCAAGAGCUGUCCGCUAGCCGAGCAAGUUAUCUAUCAAACCAUGGUUAUUGCUAAGCAGCUGCAUGCCGGUAUCACCUCGGACGUUACUCGAUUGGCUUUCCACGACGCUUUUGUAGAGGGAUGCGAUGCUUCGGCUUUGAUAAAGUCCACGCCGGGAAAUCUAGCCGAGAUGAAUGCCUCCGUGAAUAAGUUUCUGGAGGGCUUUGAGUUGAUAGACGCUGCAAAGUUUCAGCUCGAGAUCUUGUGCCCAAACACAGUCUCGUGUGCUGAUAUCAUCCAGUUUGCAGCUCGCGAUGGAGUCCGGCUGGAUGGAGGGCCUUUUUAUGCUCUCCCAGGCGGACGACUAGACGGUCGAGUCUCUAAAGCUUCGAGAGCUACACAAUUUUUGCCCUUGCCAACAAUGAACGUCAGCGAGCUUAAGGCCAACUUUGCAGCCAAGAACUUCACUCUCGAAGAGCUCGCAACUCUCUCAGGAGCUCACACCAUUGGAGAAGCGCAUUGCUCCUCGUUCAAGGAUCGCUUGUACAACUUCACGGGAAAUGGUGACCAGGAUCCAUCACUGGAUCCAACAUAUGCGAGAGAGCUCAAGGCAAAAUGCCCCCAGUCAGCCACAAGCGAUGACACGGUUCCCAUGGAGUCGGAGCCUUCCACUUCCAAGGUGAACACAGUCUACUACAGGGACAUCCUUCGAAGCAAAAGUAUAUUUACAUCGGACCAGACGCUGGUGAAUGAUCCCAUCACGAGAGCUACUGUUGUCCAGUUCGCUAACAGCACAGAGAUCUUCUUCCAGAAGUUUGCAGCCGCGAUGCUCAAGAUGAGCCUGCUGGAAGUGAACAAACCUGGAGGAGAGAUCCGAUAUCACUGUGGCUCCAUUAACUAGCCAAGAAUAAAGAAAGUAGAGAAAAGAAAGAUCACGCGAGCGAAGGUCAAUGAAUUCUAGCAGGAAAGCAAAACACUCCUUUCAUCCAGGC